UUUUAAACAGCUCUGCAGGUCACAAGUAAGUGUUGUCUAAUCCCACUUAGCGCCCCCCCUGCAGUAAAGCGUUGGUCUAUGACAAAUGGAAGCAUCAAAGGCUUAUAAAAGCCUCUGAGAAUAGUGUGCAGCAGCAUCUACAAAGGACAGCCUGACAAUCAAGUCAAAGAAGCUACCUGUUUCAUGCAUAGAAGGAUGGCUGUGACAACCUUGGCUCUGUGGCUGCUGCUUGUGGCGAUGUUAGUGCCACAGCGCUGCUGUCAGCACUGGUCAUAUGGACUGAGCCCAGGAGGGAAGAGACAAGUGGACAGUCUUUCAGAGACUCUGGGCAAUAUAGUCGAGGGGCUUCCACAUGUGGACACAACCUGCAGAGUUAUUGGUUGUACAGAGGAAUCACCUUAUGCAAGGAUGUACAGACUGAAAGGAUUCCUUGGCAGCGGCCCCGACAGGGGAAAUGGACACAGAACAUAUGAAAAAUGAUGAUAACCAGACUCUAAAAUAAAUAAUUAUAUAGAA